AUGCAAAUCUUCCAUGUUCUGAUCUUUGACAAGGUUUUGAAGAAGAAAGCUAGUUAUCUUUGUGAGAGGGAAGCAAAGGACACUAAAUCACAAACCGCCAAAAUAUUUCAUAUUCUCCCAGCUGGGUUUUGUUUAUGUUUGUUUUAUUGUUUUAUUUUGUUUCGUCAUAAAAACUUGUACUUGAUAUUCUAUGUUUGUUGCAAAAAGAGGUUGUUUCGACCAACCCAGGGCGAUUAUCUACAGCUAAAGAUGAUGCACACACUAUGGAGAUCAUCCUGA